AUGGCCUGUCCUUUGGAGAGGAAAGGAGAGAAAAUGGUCCAUUAUUUAGAGAGGAAAGUAGAGAAAAUGGUCCGUCCUUUAGAGGAAAGUAGAGAAAAGAGAAAACGGUUCGUUUUUAGAGAGGAAAGUAGAGAAAAUGGUCCAACCUUUAGAGAGGAAAGCAAAGGAUAUGGUCCAUUUAGAGAGGAAAGUAGAGAAAAUGGUCCGUCCUUUAGAGAGGAAAGCAGAGGAUAUGGUCCAUUUAGAGAGGAAAGUAGAGAAAAUGGUCCGUCCUUUAGAGAGGAAAGCAGAGGAUAUGGUCCAUUUAAAGAGGAAAGUAGAGAAAAUAGUCCAACCUUUAGAGAGGAAAGCAGAGGAUAUGGUCCAUUUAGAGAGGAAAGUAGAGAAAAUGGUCCGUCCUUUAGAGAGGAAAGCAGAGGAUAUGGUCCAUUUAGAGAGGAAAGUAGAGAAAAUGGUCCAACCUUUAGAGAGGAAAGCAGAGGAUAUGGUCCAUUUAGAGAGGAAAGUAGAGAAAAUGGUCCAACCUUUAGAGAGAAAGCAGAGGAAAUGGUCCGAUUUAAUGGUCCGUCCGACUGUCCCACAGACAUCGGGUGGUUGUUGGGAUCAUGAUCAAUGAGAAAUAUAUUCGUGCACGAAACAUGAGGAUGUUACCUCCUGUAGAUGCCACCUGGAUAAAUAUGAUAUUUUGUAUACUGCAUGACUGGUAAUAAUAAAGAGAACAUGUAGUGAGUUUUGUUUAUAGAGAACAUGAAGAAUAUAGAGCAACUUUCGUGAGUGAGUAUUUUUACGAAAUACAAAACAACGGCAACAAUUUCAAUAUCCUAGCGCUCGACUAUAUGUCAGUCAUCGUCAUUCCUGGGUAAUGUCAAAAGCUAUUGAAUAUUAAAAAGUUCAUUUUCGGAGUUGCCGUUAUUUUGUAUUUUAUGAAAUUCUGUAUAUAAAACCUUGGACGGGAUGUCCAAUGUAUUCUUCAUUUGGAAGUUCGAAAUAUUUUGUCAAAACACCUGCGGAUAUAUAUACCUGUACCACCUGUUCCAGUUUAAUAACAUUCAUAUAAUGGAAAUCAUAACAAUUCAGAAGCUAUAAAAGACGCUGGGCUCAGCCAAUAUCUUCAAACAUACUAUGACUGAAAAUCAAUGUUAGGAAACAGAUAGCACUUUUAUUUCGACAGAAAAAUGAGAGCAAUGAUAUUGACAGACUGAAGAAAUACAAUGGAUUGAUAGACUUUAAAACAUAUAAUUCAGACAAGGAUUGUUUUGGUGUUUGA